AGUCCAACUGUCAGUCAUCGGCCACGUCACCGGUGUCAUCAUAUAGCUGCACCAGUGCAGAUUUCCUUGCCGGAGGCACAGCUCUGCCCGAAAUUGACACUGAUUUCUACCUGUACGAUAACCCGACCAACGACUUAUCGCCGACAUUGCCCAUGGACGCUGGACAUGUGCCUUCCACAGAAAGGCUUUUCAGCACAAGUGUUCCACAGAUCCCUCAUCUUCAUUGUCCACAGAGCGUAUCUUCUCCAGACCCGCUCGACGACGUUAGAGCUGAUCUGAACCGGAUCCAAUCGACCGUCCAAAGUAGCGUCAGAAAUGUUUCACACUCUCAACUGUUCGAAAUGAAGUCUCUUGUGAGAGACACCUACAAUGGCCUUGAGACUAUGAUCCAAGACGAGAUUGACUGCGAGAUACACUCCCCCAACAGUACUAACAGCACCAAUAGCAACAGAGACAGGUAUGUCUGUCAGCUGUGCGAACCUUACAAAAGGAAGACGUACGCCACGAGGGGGUCAUUCCGCCGACAUGUAUCUACUGAUCACCGUCCUCGGUAUAGAUAUUUUUGCCCUCUUUGUGACUGGGAUACUCGCAGGAGGGACAAGGUCUGGGAGCAUUUUAGGCUUAGACACCCACCACCAGCCAAGCUCAGACCGAACGAUAUCAAGCGUACCAAGCUCAGACCGCCGAGAGAUUGUCCGCUAUGCAAGAAGUCCGUGCAGUCCUGGGAGGCUUACUUCAACUGUGUCUCCGAGCAUUGCCGCAUACAAAACGGCAGCUCCCCGGCAACGAGUGGAGUUCAAAGCAGAAGAAACAGUGGGGACAGUGGGAGUGGUGGCGAUGGAUUCAAUGGCCAUUUCGCUCCCGGAAACUCGUUUAAUGGACAUGGACCUCAGACCCAGUUUCCAAAUGGAGGUGGGAACAAUCCAAAUAACGGAGACAAUUACUUCUCUGGAUAUGGACCCUAUUUCAAUGGAAACGGCUACUCCAGGGAGAGCAAUUGUGCACAAAUGGUUGAGCAGAGACUAUCACAUCCCCUUAGCUCGGUCCCAGAUAGAGACGAUGCUUCCCCAGACCCUGCAUUAUUUUCUCAUCAUCCAGGAAGGAAAGCCAGCGGGAUAAGCCAUCUGAAACCAAAUAGUCUUUCGAGUCACCACCAGCUUCUUGAUUCCACCAUACAAAGGAACUCACAGGCUAUUCCGCCUAAGGAUCAUUCGGGAUACCACAGCGGGAGAAAGCCACAGAAUCCGAGGGGCCUUUCUGAAACAACGUCUUUCAACGACAGGAGCCCACCCCUGAGGACAUCGUUCAAAGAUCUGUCUCCCAAGGAGUCUCAAGAACGCCCUGCAUCCGAGCCUCAGAAUUUGCCCCCAAAGAAAUGCAAGUCAUGUGGCCAUAUAAUGAAGGGUUGCGUUGAAUGCAAGCUUCAGAAGGGUACUGGGGAUAGGUGCCAUCUAUGCACUGGUAAAGCCAGCCAGCAGCACGGAGCGCUCAGGGUUCUGGAGGAGUAUGACCAAUAUUAUGAUUUUGCCUGCAAUGGCAUGUCAGACCGGAACCGCUCAGCGUCAAAGAUUGCUUGGGCCUUAGAACAAGUGUCCCAGGCUUUUAAGCCGAAAGAUGGUCCAUGUAUAACUGGAAUCAGCCGUGCAGCCACAGAUGCUUUGUCCGAUGGGUCGUGUCAGUGGGUCUCAGUUAUGAAAGCUAUCGACAUGGCGUAUGCGCUUCAGGCUUCCGAGCAGUCUACCUUCAAAGCCAUGGGCUCCAGCAACCCAACAAAGGCUCUCUCAAGUACCUGGGAGUCCCAUGCUAUCCGAUCUCGUUUCAUAACGAUGACUCUAGCUCUGUGUUCACCGCAGAUGUACAACAAGUUUGGGCAUUCAGGCUCGCUGAAAGGCAUUCAUAUAGAACUUUCUGAAGUUCUAUGCGACACACGGAAUAUUAUUGGAGAUACAAGUGUUGCGUAUAAUACUGGUCCACAGAAGGCAGCAGCGCCAGCAUUUGCUGCUGAGCAUGCCAUCCCACGCCUUUCGACGGCUUCCGAAAGCCUUUGUAAAAUUCAAUCAAAAAUCAUGUCUUUCAACAACCAUCAAAUUAGGUCUUUGUCAGUCGGGCCGUAUGAGAGUGGGGCUUUGUCUCUAUAUGACGUGGCAGUUGAACCUACAACUCUGAAAAUUAGCAGAGGAUCUACUAUAUAUCGUACAUCCUGUGUCGUUAAAGACAGACAGUCUUCUCAACAUUCGAAUUUUUUGAUAGCACCUAGUUCAGCCAAAGUCCAGCUGACGCGCAGGAGGCACUCUAGAUUGCGAAAAAAGCUUCAGGUGAUCAUUGAGAUCCUUGUAUUACAAGCAUCUGUCGCCCAUACGCUCCCAGUCUCGAAGCAGUUGGAAGAUAGGAACCCAAGGAAUCCUAUUACAGAGUCUGCAGACACUGACCUCGUUGAGGUCGGUAGCGACCUUGACUCGUCCGAUCCCAAUUUCCUGCCUCAGUGGCUCCGGGAAACUAUUUCCACAUUUUCUGCAGGACUGAUAGACAAUGUUGAGUCUACGAUGCUUGCAACACCGAUGUACAAAGCCGAAGAAGAGAUUUGGCCCAAGGUCAAGACGUUUGUAGGAUCUAUGGCGAGCUACCUGGAAACUCCCGUUAGCCCGACAGUGAUCGAACAGCAUAUUGCUGAAUAUAGGAAACUCAGAAUGUGGUGACCUGGUUACUCUUGAUGGCUAUGGUCUUUGCCUUGUAUAGGUAGUGACUGUCCUUUCUUCGACAUUUUCUUGAUGUGAUGUACAAA